ACUUGAAGAACAGGUAUGGGACGUUCAGAAGAAAAGGUUUAAAAUUCCACGCGGUGCCGUAAAGAGGAAAAAAAAAAAAAAAAGAGGAAAAACACAUUUGAUAGAGGUGUGCUCUCAGGAAUGAAGUUCUCUGCACCCAGGUGACACAGGUGUGGUUGAGGAAGACUCUCCUCGGCGCUCUACAAGAGUUUAGGAAGUUCUCCAGCGCCGGUGCCUUCUUCACGCUCCCCAAAGACGUCUUCCCGCAAGACAUGGUCUGCUGGAUCGUCGUGCCCAUUGCUCUGUCUGCUGUGUCUUUCGUUGGGUCCUGGACUGUAUAUGGGCUGGCGCUCAGCUAUGGCCACGUGUGCUCCCUCAGUAACUGGAUAUACAGAAGCUCCUGUGAGCUGAAUUCGACUGAAGAGUGCUGCACAAUUGACAAUGUGCCCACCAUAAGCACGAGUGGGAAAAACUCACCCGAAAAUUCCCUGUUCACAGCCACCGUCAACGCAGGCUCCUUUCUGUUUUUAGUGUUCUGUGUCAUCCACCAUGCCCACAUCCUGGAGAAGAGCAGCAGUCAGGCGAUCCUGAGCAAGGCCGCUCUGGGCUUUGGUUGUGUAGCCGCCAUCGGCGCCUUUAUGGCCGGGAACUGCAACCCCGGCUACCUGAGGCUCCUGCAUUAUUUAGGGGCCUCCGUGAGCUUUGUGUGCCUCUGCUUCUACUGCCUGCUCCUCACAGCGCUGACGAAGAAGGUCCUCCUCACGAGCUGGGUGUACAUUCUCUACCCCGUCCGCUCCGUGUUUACAGCCAUCCAGAUCAUCAUCACCAUCCUCUACUGCAUCUUCUUUGCACAGGAGUCAUACUUUUUCCAGCACUUCUCCGCAGUGUUUGAAUGGACCAUUAGCCUUAAUUUGGAACUCUUUGAGCUCAGCUUCAUCUUUGAGUUUUACACCUUCUCAUCAUCCAUGCUCGCCGUUUUGUUGGAGAAGAAGGAUGAGGAAAAGUCUUUGAUUUUAUCCUGAGAACUGAGCCUGUGGAGGUCAAGCUGGACUCACAGCACUUCGAAGUCACACGCAACAAUUUUGGGGUUUUUUUGAAAUGACAAAUAGUUGUGUUGCGUUAAUCUUCAGGAGAACCUCACGCCUUGGGGGUAAACAGUGUCGCACGUUUGUGAUGUCAGUGAAAACGGAUUGUUUGGACCAUUUCGAGGGAAGUACUCGACACGGUAAAAUGAACUUAAUGGCUGUGUCUCUAUUCAGAGGGAAUAAAUUCAAGGGAGACGGUUGCUGCUGGUGAGGAGAACAAAAAAAAAAUUGUACUAUUUUACUAACUCCCUUUUAAUGCUCCCACACACAAAAAUAACUACUUGCACACUGUGUACUGGCCAUUUAUUUCUCAUGUGGGCACACACACGUGGGGGCUGUCUGGGAAACGCACAUCAGGGAGUUUCCAUCUACAGAGGAGGAUAUGGAACACGUGUCUGAUGACGGGCGCGACGCCAUUCACCCGCUGCUGACCCACAAUCUUUCACCCACACUCACACAAUGUAUUUCUCCCAACUAUCUGAACCUUGAAUUCUUUUAUCAAAUGUUACUGUCACAUCAACGUAAUGCGACAGUAACAAGUUAAGGAGCUGUAAAGGACAGAAAGUGCAGCAGAACACUGCUUUCCUAUUUUAGUCCGCACUUAUCUCCUCCACACGUAGCCCAUUGUACACAAAAAUGUCAGAAAGAACAAACGUUUUCACAAGGUUAUUUAUUUGUACACAAUACACUUUAGAUUAUAACCACUGAAAUGUGAGGUGUGUUUAUCCGCUUGUAUUUAUUAACUGCUUCAUCUGUGCUGGCAUGCUACACUAAUAUCAUGACUUCGAUACCUUGUAGUGACACAUUAUGACAGUCUAUCAUUGUCUGUGGUACAUGCUGUGCAAUUUGACUGUAAAGUUAUUUAACUUUCCGGUCACAAUGUUCCCAAUACUUGAAAGAAAUUCAAUAAAUUUAAUGUUUUAUAUGAACCAAUUAAGAGCUUAAAGAUUGGCAGUUGAUUCUGAAAGCAAUUGAGCUAUUGGGUGGUAUUUAAAACUACAAUGAAGAAAAAACCUUUAUUUUACAUUAUAUUUUCAUAUACUAUGUAAUUGUAGGUCAAUAAAUGCAUAACUU